GUAUCGCCCUCCGAGAGCGGAGCGCGUUUCCUCGCCGGGCGGUUGAUGUGCGAACGCCGGGGCGCCGGGCGCCUGCGCAGAGCGGGGUGCUGCCCCAUGGCCAGCUUCAGGGGGCGGUAAGCCGGCGGUGAGGCGGCAGUGAGCCGAUGGAGCGGGAAAGCGGUUUGGAGGCUGGGCCCGAGGCGGAGCGGGAGGAGGGAGGACCCCAGGCGAAGAAGCGACGACUUCUGUGCAUGGAGUUUGCCUCGGUCGCGAGUUGCGACGCCGCCGUGGCUCAGUGCUACCUGGCCGAGAACGACUGGGAGAUGGAAAGAGCGCUGAACUCCUACUUCGAGCCGGCGGUGGAGGAGAAUGCCUUGGAAAGCCGCCCCGAGCCCCUCUCCGAGCCCCUCUCCGAGCCCCUCUCCGAGCCCGAGUCCUGUGUUGACCUCACCAAGGAAGAAACGAGAGAUUCCAUUAGUUCUAAAACCAGCACAUCUGAAGGUGUUCAGCAGGAAGAUGGCAGCGUGUUCUCUUUCAUCACCUGGAAUAUUGAUGGAUUGGACUUAAACAAUCUGCUAGAGCGGGCUCGAGGGGUGUGUUCCUAUUUAACUUUGUACAACCCAUGUGUGGUAUUUCUACAGGAAGUUAUUCCCCCAUACUAUGCCUACCUAAAGAAGAAAGCAAGUAGUUAUGAGAUUAUUACAGGUCAUGAAGAAGGAUAUUUCACAGCUAUAAUGUUGAAGAAAUCAAGAGUGAAAUUUAAAAGCCAAGAGAUUAUUCCUUUUCCAGAUACAAAAAUGAUGAGAAACCUUUUGUGUGUGAAUGUGAGUGUGUCAGGAAAUGAACUCUGCCUUAUGACUUCUCAUUUGGAGAGCACCAGAGGGCAUGCUAAGGAACGAAUGAAUCAGUUGAAAAUUGUUUUAAAGACAAUACAGGAGAUUCCAGAGUCAGCUACAGUUAUAUUUGCAGGAGAUACGAAUUUAAGGGAUCAAGAAGUUACCAAAUGUGGUGGUUUACCCAACAACAUUUUGGAUGUGUGGGAGUUUUUGGGCAAACCUAAGCAUUGCCAGUAUACAUGGGAUACACAAAUGAACUCUAAUCUUGGAAUAGCUGCGGCUUGUAAGCUUCGUUUUGAUCGAAUAUUUUUUAGAGCAGCAUCAGAAAGUGGCCACAUUAUUCCCCGAAGCUUGGACCUCCUUGGGUUAGAAAAACUGGACUGUGGUAGAUUUCCGAGUGAUCACUGGGGUCUUCUGUGCACCUUAGAUGUUAUAUUGUGAAAUCUGUUUCAAAUACAAGUUUUGAAUGUUCUGAGCAAUUUUGUUCUGUGUUUUUGCAAAUGUAAUUUCUACCUAUCUGGAAAGGUAGCUUAAUAUGGAGGAAUUAAUAAACUGGAUCAUUGUAACAGAAGAAAAAACUACUGUGAUUUUAUUUUGUAGAUUGUGUCCUCAGAUUUCAGAAUGAAACCGACAUGUGUAUUUAAAGCAUACCUGUGUUCAGAACAUGAGGCCUCUUAGUGAAAGGUCACAGAGGCUGUGAGAGCUGUAACAGUGCUCAGAGCUGCUGACUAGAUUCAAGCAGGGCCACAUUGUCUCUGGGCUAGCCUUUAUAUUUGAUUUAUUUUUUAAAUCAGGUAACCAGAUACUUAAUAUUUUAAAUAAGUCUUCAGAAAUUAAAAAAAAAUUUUUUUAAUUAAA